GGAAUUUCCCCCCUGUUCGGAACCUCGCGAAAUAGUGCAUGAAACAACUGUAAUUCCAUUUGCACGCUCUCUAGUGUCCUGGUGCUAGCUGUAUAGUCGGGCCACGGACUGGUGUGUAGUGAAGUUUUGUCAUUGACGUUCGAGGGAAGGUGAAUCUACAGCAGCUGGCUCAGGCAUAGUUCUUAAAUGCUCCAUCGAAAACAUCGCAACGGUUCGCAUCAUUAAUAUUGAACCGUUCCACAUCCAUCCACAUAUGACUGUUUCCUGGGUGGAAAUACUUUGAUGUAUCACUGUGGCUCGUUGGAGCUGGUGCAACAAUGCGUUCGGAAUGUUACAACGGUGGUGCAACCUCGUCGCCAAAGCGAAGGAUGCACGUAGUAGGCAAUGGGAAAACGCAUCAGCAGCAUCAUGUACAUCAACAUCAUCGACAGCAUCAACAUAGCCAACCCGCGACAGGUAGCAUUCACCGGGAAACGGACGCGGAAUCAUCCACCAUGACCGAACUACCACCAUCCAGCGGAUCCUUUCUUCACAUAUCAAUCACCAAGCUAGCCAUUGGUAGCCGUCUGUUCGUGAUAGUACUACAGCUUGUCGCUAACCUAUUGUUGCCGGAUCACGAAGCGGGAGUGUUUGUGGCACCGCACGAUAAGGACGCGCCCGAACGACCGCUAGAUGCCGUGGUACGCUUCACACUGGGUGGACUGAACCGCUGGGAUGGCCAGUACUUUCUGCACAUUGCCGAGCAUGGCUAUACGUACGAGAAUGUGCUCGCUUUCUUCCCGCUGUUUCCGUUCAUACUGAAGAUAGUGAGCAGUGCGCUGAGCAGCUACGAAGUGGUCACGUUCGUCAGCUACCGGGAGCUUUCGCUGCUGUUGGCGGUACUGCUGAAUGUGGUCUGCUUUACCGGUGCUGCCAAAGCGCUCUACCGAUUGAGCAAGCACGUGCUCGGCAGCCAGAAGAAGGCGGAAAUAGCCGUCCUGCUGUUCUGCUUCAAUCCCGCCUCCAUCUUUUUUACCGCCCCGUACACCGAAAGUCUGUACGCGUGGCUUUCCUUCGUCGUAAUGUACCAGUGCAUGGAGGAUGUGACGUCGAUCUUUCUGACCAUCCCGCUCAGCCUUUCGAUCCUGUGCCGCUCGAACGGUAUGUUCAAUAUCGGUUUCGUGCUUUACUUCGUCGUACGUCGUAUCGUCGCCCAGUACAACUUUCACAACAUUAUUUGCAUCUGCUCGCGGCUCUUCUCGAUGCUGAUCAUCGUGCUGUUUCACUACGGCAUCGCCCAGGUGUACAACUACUACCUGUUUUGCUUCGUGCAGAAGUUCAACUUCCCCGACCAUGUGCGCGAGUAUGCGGUGGAGCACGGUCUCGUACUGGCUGGCAAUAAAACGGACGAUUCGUCACCUUGGUGCACGAAUUUGCUGCCCCUGUCGUAUUCGUACGUGCAAAGCCACUACUGGAACGUGGGUUUUCUGCGCUACUACGAGCUGAAACAGCUGCCAAACUUCCUGCUGGCACUGCCGGCAAUUUAUCUCGUACUGAGCAACUCGUACCAGUACCUUUGCGAACAUUGGGAUUACGCCGUACGCCUAGGUUUGUUCCGGCUGACCAAGAAGCAGCACAAACUGAUGCGUCCCUACGAUCGGUUCGCGCUGGUGUUCGUGGUCCACGCGCUCGCGCUGACCAUCUUUUCGCUGCUGUUCGUUCACGUGCAAGUUACCACUCGGCUGCUGUGCGCUGCCAGUCCGGUGCUGUAUUGGUAUACGGCCGAAUAUUUUACCGGCGAACGAGCGUUUAUCAAGCGGCAAGUGAUCCGGAAGCUUUCGAAGCAGGUCAAGGAUGGAGAAGAAAACAGCUGCACCCACGUGCUGAAUCACAUCGAGCUGAGCGAUCUGCUGGACUUUCGCUGGAUGAAUGGACGGCAGCAAGCAAUUCUGGUGUACUUUUUCGGAUACACCGUGGUGGGAACGGUGCUGUUUAGCAACUUUUAUCCAUGGACCUAGGAAGAGCAGCGGCUGAAACCUUGUUUUUAAGACCAACCCCUCAUCGCUAGUGGCCAUUCUUUGCUUCGUUUGCUCCUUGGAAACUGCGGAACACAAUAUCAAUACUGACCAAAGCAAAACGACGGUUAUCAUAAACCAAGACAUUCUACACACCAUUGGGAUUACACUUAUCUCGUGCCUUUUCGCUCUACAUACAUACAUUCAUACAUACUUAUUGCCAAAACAAAGGACAGCAACAACAGCUAGGGAGAAGAAAGCAUUGUACUGUUGUAACGUGUAGCACCGGUUGAACCAUCGUGCACGUUGCGCUUCACGACCAAAGUUACGCUUUCUAUUUGCUCAUUGUUUGUGUAUGCGAUGGGUGUUGCCAUUUAAAUGUUGAAUUUCAAAAUUUGCCAAAAUUAUUAGCCAAUUGGGAGAGAAAUACUUUAAAACAAUGCCUAUCGUUUUCGAUCCGGACUGUGUUUAUUUAGCAUUGUAAGUAGAUUAGAACUGUAUCGAAGGGGGUUUAUGUUUUCGUGUAGUUACACAAUAUAGGUUGUUAACAUGGAAAAACGAACCGACGUGCAAUGGAAGCGUACUGUUAGUAUCUAUCAACCGCCUUGCAUUACCACCGAACGAUUGUCGUCCCCGUGUGCAGGCCGAAAACAGGCUUUGACCAUUUAGUUAGAGAGAAACCAACAAAGAAAUAUAUAAUCGAACGUAAUUUCGCUAUACAUUUGUGUACAUAAACAAUACUACAAAACGCUACAAAUGCAACGCAUGAAACAAAGGGAUCGACUCCUCCACCCGGUCGCCUCCUGCCUAUAGGGAGUGCUGAAUCGAGGUGCGAGAAAAGUGGAAUUUGCAGAGCUCUACCAUAUAUAAUAUAUAUAUAUAUACACAGUCACAAAAAUAUUGCUGCUAUACUAAAUAACAAUAAAUUAUAUAUUUAAACUCGACCCAUAUACCUAGUUUACCAUCCACAAGACUUUACAAAGCAGAUUUAGAGCAGAGAUGGGAAGAAAUUGUAAGUGCAAAGUUGUGAAACAUAGUUCCAAAAAUGGGAAAAGCUAAAUUUUGGAGUGAAAACGAAAACAAAACAUACAUUACUAUCUUACAUUAAGCAUAAUAACACAGGUUUAAGACAAAGGUCGAAACAAAAACCUAACGCUCUAGUCUCGCGAAAUCAAAACUGCAUAUAAUUAAACAUUAAAUAAGACCCGUUUAAAUUAAGUACUACACUAAUGUGCGCAAGAGUACACCUAAACAGAACGAAAACAAUCAAACAAAUAUUUCCUGUUAUAGAACUGGGCAAUCGAACGAACUUAAACAUAUUGUGAAUCGAAACCGGAAAGUUAGUGUGUUUUUUCCAUAGGAUGAUUAGUAGGUAACGUUUCAAAUCGUUGUUAAUUAUACAUCUUCAGUCGUAUUACUUCUGCGGGAAGUAAUAGAGGUGACGAGUAAUAAUAAUUGUCGAACAGAAUGAUCACGUCGAUACACUCUGCUAGUAUGCGUAAUCAGGGCGAGUUCAACGUCAUGUUAGUGAUUAGUUAGUAACAAAAAGGCAGAAUAGAUAAAACAACAGAAGCAACUAAAAGCCACCAUAAUCAAACGCGUUAACAAAAUUAAGCAAUUAAACCAGUCGCACUGUACUUAAUCGAACCGAAACAGUUAAAACAAACACAGCAAACGUAAAUAACAAUUAUCUAAAUACAUACUUUUAAAAACCAAAUCUUCCUCACGCAUAAAUAAUCAAACCAAGCUAAACCUAAUAGCAUUAAAGCAGAUUUAAAGACGCACACACUCACCGGUCGUGCUUUAGAUAAGUCUAAUCGAUUUUAGCUAUUACAUUACCUUACGAAACCAGUUCAAUUAACCGUACACUGUAUCGCUGAGAGUUAUACAAGUUAUACAAGCAGAAAAGCCGGAGGAGGACACGGCAAAGGUGAAGAAUAAACAAGCGCUAUAAAUGGUUUCACAGGUUGGAAUUUAAAUGAUAACAUAUCGCCUAUAUCUUCACAUGGCUUUUUGUUUCAGCUAAUAUAAGAAAUCAAUUAGCGAAGCACUCAGAGCUAGUAGCAUUAUUUAUAAACUUAUCUAACACAUUAUUAUUAUUGCACAUUGUAUAUAUGUAUUCUGUUAAUGCACAAUGUAUAGCAUUUGGUUUCAAUGUAUUUGCGCUAGACAACGAACCUAAUUCGAAAGUCGUAGGAGCGAUAUAUUAGCAUUUUAUUCUGACCUAUGAAACGUUGCGUUUAGUCUGUCUGUCGUAGAAUUUAUGCGCUACAUUUGCGCAAUAGAAGUUUCAUUGUAACGACAAGCAAUGUACCUUACUGAGGGAACGUUCAAUAGCUUUUUUUCGAAUUCAAUUUAAAUGUGAAAAUUUUCAUCCGUAGUUGUGUUUUCCGCGUAGCGAAACACUAAAUUCAAUGGGAAGCAGUACAGUUAUCUAUACAAUAUGGACAAAAAAGACAUCAAUUAAAGCUAUUUUCUUCCUGUGUGGUAUUGAAACCUCACAACAGCAACAAACAAAAAACAACUAAGCCGGUACUUAAAUAUUGGCAAAAGAAAUAUAAUUAGCCAUUCAGGUAUUUCAGACCGCCGUGACCAUCUAGUCGUUAAAUUCGAACACUUGUUGAAAUCAGAUUUUUCUAAUAAUCGUACGUGAUCUUUACUAUCUUCGCCGAGUUUGGCAUGUUAGACAAUACCUAGUUUCACUGUUGGACUAUUUCUAAUAGUAACUGCAAUAAACUUCUCAAUCGA